AUGGCGGCGCUGAGCCCCCAGAAAGUUGCUGAACUGAAGGCAUUCAUAGGAAUGUGCGAGAGAGACCCGUCCAUUCUGCAUCGACCGGAGUUGGCUUUCUUCAAGGAAUACCUCCAGUCACUCAACGCGGAGAUCCCCGCUGAAAUGCCUGCAAGGGGAGGAUCGCCAGAGAAGCCUGCCACAGCUCCUGUGCCUGAGGAGUCGUCUGACGAAGAAUCAUCGGAAUCGGAAGUAGAGGAAUUCGACGAAGAGAGUUUGAAAGACAGCGAAGUUAUUCCGCCUGAGACAAAUCCCCCUCCUCCACUUGCGCCGGAGGGUCAAAAAGAACUAACUGAUGACGAACAAGACAAACUUGGAAAGCUGAAGGAAGAGGCAGCCGCAGCAUGCGAGGCGGGAGAAUGUGAAACUGCUUUGGCGAAGUACACCGAGGCGCUUCUAAUCGGAAACCCGACUGCUCUGCUGUACACACGACGAGCUGAUGUCCUUCUGAAACUGAAGAGGCCCGUUGCUUGCAUCCGUGACUGCGAUGAGGCCCUGAAACUGAACCCCGAUAGCGCUCGGGCCUACAAAAUACGUGGAAAAGCCAAUAGGCUCCUAGGCAAAUGGCGAGAAGCCCAUAGUGACCUUGAUAUGGGUCAGAAGAUUGACUACGACGAAGGCCUGUGGGAUAUGCAGAAGCUGGUGGAUGAGAAGUUCAGGAAGAUCGAGGAACACGAGAGGAAGAUUCUCCGGAAGCGCGAAGAGGCGGAGAAAAAGCGUCGUGAAAAGGAAGCGAAGAAGCGGCGUGCUGCGGCUCAGCGGGCUUACGAAGAACAAAAACAGAGGGACGCUUCGGGCUCAGGCAAGUCGCUACGACUUCACACGAAGCGCCGGCGACGUGGUUUCCCUGGAGGUUUCCCUGAAGGAUUUCCAGGAUAUGGUGGCGGCGCGGGAUUCCCAGGAGGCGCUGGUGGAUUUGGCUUCCCAGGAGGGAUGCCUGGGACCUUUGCGGGCAGUAGCUGUGGAGGGCCUGGGAUGACAGGCACCCCUGGAGGCUGCUGCGGUGGCAUGGGAGGCGGAUGUGGCGCUCCUGGUAUGCCUUCUGAUUCCAUGCCCGGCGGAGCUGGUAACCUGUUUGGAGCCCUUAACGAUCCCGAACUUAAGAAGCUUUUUGAGAAUCCCAAGAUGAUGGCCGCAUUCCAGGAUAUCAUGUCUAAUCCAUCUUCGAUUUCAAAGUACGCUAGUGAUCCAGAGGUAAUGGCGGCCCUCGGUAGCCUCACAUCGAAAUUCGGUGGCGGAAUGCCGGCUGCCGGAUUCCCAACUGGCUCUCCGAUGUGA